UUUGAAGUUCGGAACAGCCAUUUCAACGAGCAUCCCUUCAAUUUCACCAGUCCUUCCAUUGCAAUUUAGUGCUCUUCACCUUUAAAGAAAAAAAAAAAUCCAUGGAAAUUCUUGGAAUCCCGGCUGCGCCGAUGACCGAAGUUGGGAAGUGUCUAUUUCUUCCUCUCAAGCGUGAGAUUGAUUAUCUUGUUAAUUACCCAAGGAACAUUGAAAAUCUGAGAAGCCAAGCAAAUUAUCUGAAAGCAAGGAGAAUCGAUUUACAAAAUUCAAUAGAUGAGGCACGUAGGCAAUUGGAAGAACCGACCGAGGAAGUGAUCGAGUGGCUGAAAAGGAUGGAAGAUAUAGAAGUAGACUUGAGGAGAUUAGAUGAAGCCAUUGAAGAAAAUAAGAGAAGUUUGGAAAGGUGCUGUUGCUGGUGCCCAAGUUGGGGACCUCGUUACCGACUAAGUAAAGAAGCUGCCCAGAAGUUAGUUGUUCUAAUACAACUCCAAGAGAAAGGGAAUUUUAAUGCAAUUUCACGCCAUCUUCCUCUUCCCAGCAUUGAGUCCACGCCGGUUGGAGAUUUCGAGGUUUUUUCGUCAACGGAAUUGGCUAUGGAACAGGUCAUGGAGGCAUUAAAAGAUGAGGAAACUGAUGUUGUUGGGGUAUUUGGUAUGGGAGGUGUUGGUAAGACGAUGUUGAUGAAAGAAGUAGGCAAGCGGGUUAGAAGAGAGAAGCGUUAUGAUGUGGUCUUAAUGGCUACUGUGUCCAGGAAUCCUGAGUUGAAAAGGAUUCAAGGAGAGAUAGCAGAGCAACUAGGCCUGAAGCUUGAGGAAGAGAGCGAAUCUGUGAGGGCACGCAGGUUGUUGGAAAGAUUCAAGCAGGAGAAGACGGUGCUCGUCAUCUUGGACGAUUUAUGGGAACGGGUGGAGCUCGCUGAUGUGGGAAUUCCUUAUGGAAUCGGCCACUCAGGUUGUAAAAUUGUUGUGACAUCUCGAAGUGUAGAUGUAUGCGGAUUGAUGGAGAGCAGAGCGAAGAUCCUAGUUGAUGUCUUAUCUGAGGAGGAUUCAUGGAAUUUGUUCAAAAAGAAAGCAGGCUGUGUUGUUGAUUCCCUUGAUUUUCUCUCCAUGGCGAGAGAUGUUGCUAGGGAAUGUGGGGGAUUGCCCCUCGCGAUUGUCACCGUUGGAAGGGCUUUGAGAGAUAAGAGCCGUUUGAUUUGGACGAAUGCAUUGACGCAAUUACAGAAAUCUGUCCCGACGGAUAUUGAAGGUAUGCAUACAAAGGUUUUUUCAUCUCUAAUGCUGAGUUUUGAUAGCAUAGAAAGUGAGGAAACCAAGCUUUGCUUCUUGUUUUGUUGCCUAUUUCCUGAAGAUUACAACAUUCAUAUCGAUAAAUUAAUGCGAUAUGUGGUGGGGGAAGGUUUCCUAAACGAUGUGACCUCGUUGGAAGAAGCAUCACAAAGAGUUCGUAUCUUGGUUGACAAGCUCAAAUCUUCUUGCUUGUUGUUGGACGGUUCUUGUGAAGGGUUUGUAAAAAUGCAUGAUACUGUUCGAGAUGCAGCCAUCUCAGUGGCGUCAAAAGAUGGGCGCGGGUUCAUAGUAAAGGUUGGAUUAGGAUUGAGGGAGUGGCCGGCGAAGGAGAAGUUAGAAGAAUGUAAGCGCAUUUCAUUGAUGAAAAACAGAAUCAGUAUACUUCCUGAUCGCCCAGAAUGCCCUCAAUUACAGACCUUGCUACUGCAAAACAACUGGCGUUUGACAAAGAUCCCGGAUCGUUUUUUUGAAGGGAUGAAAGCUCUUGCUGUUUUGGAUCUAAAUGGUACUCCCAUUUCGUCACUGCCCCCAUCGUUACCUUGCCUAAUAAACUUACGGGCACUUUGUCUGCAUAAAUGUCGAUUGUUAAAAGACAUUUCUCUAGUGGGGGAGUUGAAGAUGCUUGAAAUACUUCGCCUAAAUGGUACCAAGAUAUCUGAACUCCCUAAAGAAAUUGGAAGCUUGGCCAAUCUAAAGCUCUUGGAUUUGUCAAAUACCGACCGUCUCAAAAGGGUACCGUGUAACAUGAUAUCAAAGCUAACCCGCUUAGAAGAAUUGUAUAUGGGAAGAAGCUUUAGCCAGUGGGAAGUUAAUGGAAAAGGAGAUGAAAGCAAUGCGAGCUUUGGCGAGGUAGCAUCCUUGGUUUGCCUGAAUGUUCUACAAUGCCAUGUAGAAGACGUGGAAUGUUUAUCUCAAGAUGUUCCCAGGCCUUGGAGAAACCUAAUGAAAUUCUGCAUCUGCAAUGACAGAAAUUACAACGACAGCACAUUUCCAAGGAGUUUGCGCCUUAACAUAUCGAAUCAAGCCCCAAAUUGGGUAAAUCUGUUAUUAGGAAAAACUGAGGACCUGAGCUUGCUGUCUUGUAAGGGUGUCAAGAAUCUCAUCCAGUUACAUGAAGGCGGAUUCAACAUCUUGGAGCGUCUCUCAAUCAACGAUGGUGAUGAAAUUGAAUAUCUCAUAACUGUAGCAGAAGAGUCCCCGCAUAAUGCAUUCGGGAUGUUGAAGGAGUUAUACCUUGAUCAUAUGAAAAACUUGAAAGAAAUAUGCAAUGGGCCGCUCCCUGCUGACUUCCUUGGAAAGCUGAAGGUCCUAAGCAUCUACCAUUCUGAAAAAUUAAUCAGAAUCUUGCCUUCUGAUCUGCUUGGAAAUGUGAAUGAUCUGGAACGGCUCGAGGUAUGCGGAUGCGAUGAGCUGCAGGAGGUAUUUCACUAUGAUGGGCUUCUGGAACAGCGUCCGUUGGUCUCCAAAUUAAGAGCUUUGAAAUUGAAAUUACUGCCGAAGCUAACAACCAUCUGGAAGGGCGAAAUACCAGUUGGGAGCCUCGGGAACAUAGAGGAUCUAUAUGUCGGCAGAUGUAAGAGAAUGAAGAAUCUCUUCUCCCCUUCCAUAGCUCAAAGGCUUGAACAACUCCAGCAACUUGAGAUAAAGACCUGUGAGGAGUUAGAGAAAAUAAUCUCUAACGAGGUGGAGCCGAAGGCCGUGGGAGAAAGAAGUGCAUCCCCAUCUUCCAUCAGAGUCCAACCAUGGCUAGCCUUCCGAAAUCUGCAGAAGCUGUUCAUAUAUAAUUGCAUCAACAUGAAGAAACUCUUGUCCAUGAAACUAGCUCGUAAUCUCGGAAAAUUAGAAGAACUCAAAGUACAAAGCUGCCCGAACAUGGUCGUGAUAGUUGCGAAGGAUGAGGAUGGGGAGGAGGCAGAAGCACUAGAUCAUGGCCUGCUCCCUCGAUUAAAGACUCUGACUCUACAUAAGCUCAAAAAUCUCACAUGUUUCUACCAAGAUGGGUCGGUUCUUGAUUUGAAAUCGUUGGAAUAUCUUAAGGUGUGGAGAUGUCCGGAACUGACAAGGCUUCCGCUCGGAUCGCAAAGUGUACUGAAACUCGAGAAGAUAGAAGGAAUGGAUAGGGAACGGAUUGACAGAUUGGAGUGGGAAGACGAAGCCAUCAAAGCACGCAUCCAUGAGCUCCUUCAAGGCUGAAUUAUGACUGUAUUAAGAUUGGGGCCUGCAUAUCAAAUAAAGAGAAAUGAUCACCAACAUUGUAUAUUCGACAUCCUUAACUGCCCACUUGAUCAAUGGACUGGCUUAAUUGUUUUACUAUGGAAUUCUUGUGGUCUCCUAUUUUAUGAGUGCCUACAUCAAGUGCUUGAAAAGAAUCAAUCCUUCAAAUCUCUCUCCACGCAAAUGGGCUUGUUGUCUCGGGAUUAGGUUUUGCAAAAUU